AUGGCAGCCCGUGCAAUACUCACCGAAUUGCUUAAGGAAGAGAGGUUCAAUGAAACCAACUUCUCGGAAUGGAGAAGGAAAAUUGGUUAUGUAUUUCAUGAAGAUGGUCUAUUGCCAUUAUUGACUUCUAGACCACCUGAUUUGCCCGUAAUCAAUGCUCUUCAAUUUGUAAAGGAUGCAUAUGAGACAUGGCAUAACAAAAACCAAAGUGCCAUGAAUAUUAUUUUUGAAACCAUGAGUGAUUCCUUUGUUAAGGAGUAUGAGAAUUUCAUAUGGGUCAAAGAUAUUAUGGAGAGCAUGAAAAAGAAAUACGACAUACCGAAUGAAGCUCAAACGAUCAUUAGAAUGAGGAAUAUCAUGUGUUGCUUAAUGGAUGAUCACACCAUAGUAAGUGAUCAUCUAAGAGAGUUCAAGAGUUUUAUAAGAGAGAGUGAGAGAACCGGUCACUCAUAUGAUGAGGUGACACAAAAGACGAUAUUUGUGCUUUCGAUCUCUCCCUCAUGGGAGACCUUUAUGGCCAAUUUGAUGGCCAAAGAUGAGCCUAUAACAGUGGAGGAGAUUGCAUUUUCCAUAAAAGGGAAAGAGCAAAGAAAGAUGACAAUGGAUGGAUCAUCUUCCAUGGUCUAUAUGGUAAAAUCUCACUAA